UCUAAUCACUCACAACAAAUUUCUCACCAUUGAUAUGAAAUAAAAAGGUAUGGGUUGACAACUCAAAAACCCUAGACAGAGAUGAAGCCAUCUUCCAUGUCCAUGCCCAUCUUCAUCUUCCACCUCCUCUACACCUUAUUAACCACCACUGACUCUCAAACCGACUCAUGCACCUCCAAUUUAAACCUGAACGGUGUCGCAUUUGACAUCACCAACCUCCAGUGCCUCGCCGUUUGGACUCCUCGCAACUUCCUCCUCCGGUACGGGCAGGCCUCGUCGGAUAUAUGGAGCUUCAUUCUCUCGGCGCCAGAUUCAAACUCGUACACAGCGAUCGGGUUCUCAAGCAACGGUCAGAUGGUGGGAUCGAGUGCAAUCGUAGGGUGGAUAUCGAACGGAGCAGGAACGAUGAAGCAGUACUAUCUAGGAGGCCAAUCGUCGAGUCUUGUGCUGCCUGACCAAGGCAACCUGAGCAUCAUUAGCAAUUCAACCAUAAUUGUGUCUCAAUCGUCGCGAGUUUACAUGGCCUUCCAGCUGAACACUAAUCAGCCGCAGACGCGAGUCCUCUACGCCGUCGGAACCACCGGGUCCUUGCCGGCUGCGCCUUCGUAUAUGUUGACCGAGCACGUUGACAAGGUCUCCACCACCCUCAAUUAUGUCACAGGCCAAGGGACCAAGUCUGGAAGCCCACACUCGAGAUUGAGAAACAGCCAUGGAAUGGUAAACAUUCUUGGGUGGGGUAUUGCGAUGUUGAUUGGAGUCAUUGUAGCUCGCUAAUGUGUAGAAAUAUAUACAGGUUUCAGAUUACAUUCUGAUGGCUGAUAAGUCUAGGAUGUUAUAUAUCUGUUGUGGUGAAAUAACAUUUCCAGCUAAAUGAAUUCAUUGUGCGAGUCUUUUACUAA